CCCAACCUCAGUGCCCGCCCCGGGGAGCUGCAGAGGCUGCGUUAUGGGGGCUUGUCUGGGGGUCUGCUCGCUUCUCAGCUGUGUGUCCUGCCUGUGUGGCUCAGCACCAUGCCUGCUCUGCGGCUGCUGCCCCUCAGCCAAGAACUCCACCAUCUCCCGUCUGCUCUUCACCUUCUUCCUCUUCCUCGGUACGCUGGUCUCCAUCAUCAUGAUCAUCCCUGGGGUGGAGAAGGAGCUGCACAAGCUCCCAGGUUUCUGCAAGGGCAGCGACUCAGUGCUGGGGGUCCAAGCUGACAUCGACUGCAGUGGUUUCCUGGGCCACAAGGCCGUGUACCGCAUGGGCUUUGCCACAGCUGCCUUCUUCUUCCUCUUUGCUGUGCUGAUGGUGUGUGUGCGCAGCAGCAAGGACCCGAGAGCUGCCAUACAGAAUGGCUUCUGGUUCUUCAAGUUCCUGCUGCUGGUGGGGCUCACAGUGGGGGCCUUCUACAUCCCUGAUGGCUCCUUUACAUCAGUUUGGUUCUACUUUGGUGUGGUCGGCUCCUUCCUCUUCAUCCUCAUCCAGCUCAUCCUCCUCAUCGACUUUGCCCACUCCUGGAGCCAGCUGUGGCUGCGCAAUGCAGAUGAGAGCAAUGCCAAGGGCUGGUAUGCAGCCCUUUGCACUGUCACCUUCAUCUUCUAUGCUGCCUCCAUCACGGCCAUUGCUUUGCUGUAUGUCUACUACACCAAACCCCAGGGCUGCACGGAGGGCAAAGUCCUCAUCAGCAUCAACCUCAUCCUCUGCGUCAUCAUCUCGGCCGUAUCCAUCCUGCCCAAAAUCCAGGAAGCUCAGCCACACUCAGGGCUGCUACAGGCAUCUCUCAUCACCCUUUACACCAUCUUCAUCACUUGGUGUGCCCUGGCCAACGUCCCCACCCAGGAGUGUAACCCCACACUGCUGCUGAGAAACAGUACUGGCUCAGCUACAGCCACACAGACACUGACAACGUGGUGGGACGCGCCGAGCAUUGUGGGGCUGGUGGUCUUCAUCCUCUGCACGCUCUUCAUCAGCGUCCGCUCCUCAGACCACACCCAGGUCAAUAAGCUGAUGCUGACGGAGGAGAGCGGGGCUGGAGCUGGGACUGAGGCAGCAGCAGAGAGUGGGGUGCACCGAGCCUACGACAACGAGCAGGAGGGCGUCACCUACAGCUACAGCUUCUUCCACCUUUGCCUCCUCCUUGCUGCCCUCUACAUCAUGAUGACCCUCACCAACUGGUACAGGCCUGAUGACAGCCUGCAGGUGCUGUACAGCCCCUGGACGGCCGUGUGGGUGAAGAUCAGCUCCAGCUGGGCCGGGCUGCUGCUCUACGUGUGGACGUUGGUGGCCCCCCUGGUGCUGCCAGAGCGGGAUUUCAGCUGAGCACUGCUGCAGGGUCCCCUCCUUGCCCAGUGCCUUACACCUAGACUCGAGUUUUGCACGUGGGUUUUGUGUCUUCUUGCAGGUUUUCCAUUUUAAUUUAAAAGGGAUAAAGUGCCAAGCAGGGACAAUCAGCGAAA